AUGAGCAAAGAAUUUGAGGGAACAAAUCGAGUCGUGUUUACACGCGUUAAUUGUGAUGAGAAUCCUCCCAUUCCUAAGCACCAGAAGCCGACAACCCUUUCGUCGCGCAAUCAAAUCACUAAAUACCCGACUCUUAAGGUUUAUCUUAACGGAAAGCCUAUGAAGAAGGAAUAUAGAGGACCGCGAACUCAGGAAGCAAUUGUCAAAUAUAUAAGACUCUUAUUGUCUGAUCCAGUCGUUCACAUUGAUUACAAAAUUAACACUCAUUUAACGGACAUUAUGUACAACAAGUCGGCCGUAAUUGGAUAUUACAGACAAGACGGUGACACACAUCCCAAGUAUAGUAUAUUCAGAAGAGUUGCCGCAGAUUUGCGCGGAUUCUGCGAAUUCUUUUGGGUUACAAAUUCGCCAUUCAUUCCCGAAGACAAACAAGAAUUGCUUGCAUUUAAAUCAUCCAAAAGUACCAAACAGUCUGAAUAUGAUCUUAUAUUUGAAACAUACGACGAGUUGAGCACUUGGGCUACAUAUCAGUGCAUUCCUAUUGUCAGAGAAAUCACGUUUGAAAACGCAGAGGAAAUCAUUGAAGAAGAGCUGCCAUUAGCUAUACUUUUUCAUCUGCCGUCUGACGAACAAAGCCCUCAAUUCUAUAAAGAAGUCAUUCAUAAAGAGCUUAUCAAUGAAAUAUCGACCGUAAACUUUGUGACCGCAGACGCGGACCUCUUUGAUCACCCGCUCGAACACGUGAACAGAACUAAACAGGAUUUGCCUAUCAUUGCUAUCGAUAGCUUCAAACACAUGUAUUUGUUUCCCAAUUAUGCCGACUUAAACAAAACUGGUGUUUUUGCAAAAUUUAUCGCAGAUUUGCAUUCAGGAAAACUUCACCGAGAAUUUCAUUUUGGACCCGAAGACGAAACACACACUGAGAAUACGGAAGGGAAAGGAGAUGGAAGUGAUGACAGUCAACACGAAUCCGAUGCCACCACUGAAGGCGAAGAAGUGGAGGGCGACACUCUAUCAGAAGGGUUAACAUAUGCAUCCGAUUCUGUGUUCAAAAAGUUGGCGCCGUCUGAGUAUAGAUAUACUCUUCUCAAGGAUGAGCUCUAAUUCAUGAAUAAUAAAUUAGUGCAAUAAAAGAAUUGCCCU